CUUUACAUGACGAGAAAAACUUGGUUACGAGGAUCUCACCGAAAAGUGUGGCCGAGCGAGCGGUCAGAGAUGCUAAAAUUUACUGCGAACAACUAUACAACCGUCCAGCACCCGAAAUUGAAUUAAUUGCGACAGACCCGACCGUAACAACAACUCACAUCGAAGAGCACCUUCACAGCAUUCUCUACGGACUGCUCAAGAAGUCGAUUCGCACUACGAUGCAACACAGUUCCCUUGCACACUCCUCUCUUCCCGAUCCAUCGUCUUCUCGCCGGUCACUCUUGUCUUCCUUUAUAUCUUCAUUGGCUCCCUCUCAAUCGCUAAAAUCAACCGUUGGUGUUCCGCCAAUAUCAAUACUAAUAGCACAAGGUGCACAGGAUAUAACAAUAAAAAUAUCUGAUCGCGGAGGUGGUAUGCCAAUGUCAGCUAUGAAUGAUUCAUGGAGUUACUUUGUAUAUGACGAAGCCGAGGAGGCGCAUGUGGAAGAGAAAGAACAGGCAGAGAGACCGUUUGGCAGUGGCGUUGGCAUGAGUUUACCGGCUGCUAGAGUUAUUGCACGAUAUUUUGGUGGCGAUCUUUCGUUUGUGUCAAUGGAGGGUCAUGGUACAGAUACAUUCCUCUCCCUCUACCGCGAUGAUACACAUUUAGAAGCGUUUCCUGAACUAAAUUCGUCUUUGGACAAGAAAUCCUUUAUCCUUCCUUAA